AUGGUUCCCAUCAAGUCCUCCCCCGUUGCCGCCAAGAAGGCUAAGUUUGUUAUCGACUGCUCUGGUCCUGCCAACGAUAAGAUCUUUGAUGCUGCUGCCUUUGAAAAGUAUCUUCACGACCGUAUCAAGGUUGAUGGCCGCACCAACAACUUGACUGAUUCUGUCACCAUCAGCCGUGGCGCCGACAACAAGAUCACUGUCAUCGCCUCUAUUGCUUUCUCCAAGCGUUACCUCAAGUAUCUCACCAAGAAGUUCUUGAAAAAGAACCAAAUCCGUGACUGGCUCCGUGUCAUUGCUACCGACAAGCAAACCUUUGAGCUGAAGUACUUUAACAUUGCCAAUGAGGAGGAGGCUGAUGAAGAGUAAAUCCCAUCGCUUUACUUUUUUUUUCUUACUAUUUUGUUAAGCAACAAACAAAACUAAGCUUGAUUCCCCCCAUUACACUCUAAACUAAAGAAAAUAAAGUUAAAAAGAGCGCACAGACAAGGGUGAGACGAGAACGAACCCGCUGAGCAAAAAAAAAAACUUGAAAAGCUCAC